AUGGUGCCAAAACUUGGGUACCUAAAUAUCAAAGAUGAUACUCACAAAGCGUUUACUGGCGGUUUAUUUGGUCGUUUACUUGGCCGUUUAUUUGACAAAAGUGAUCAUCAACAACGGUGUUUAUGGCAGUUUGUUGACAAGUCGUUACAAGUCCACAAGGCACCUGUAUUAGAAAUAUUAGCUAUAGAACUGAUCGGUCCUUUUAGAUGUCAUGUUGAUGUGGGAAAGUGGAUUGCAAAUGCUGUUGAUCGUCGUAGGGUGCACGAGCUGGCAUUGGUGACCACGUGGACAGCGGUGGAACCUGCCCAUUUGUCUAAGACCCUUUACACAUGUGAUACGAUUGUUAAUCUAUAUCUUGUCGGCAAUAUUCUUGUGGAUGUUCCUUCUCGGGUUUUCCUCCCAUCCGUCGUAAGCAAUGUUCUUUACUAUGUGCUGCUGCAUAUAUGGUGUAACUCUAUUAACUUCUCCAAGCUUAUGGAGUGUAAUGUAACACUUUCAGCUGAGUUAGACUGGUUGGAACCACUGAUGGGAUUGCUACAAAAUUCUCCUAAUCUUAAAGAUCUUUACAUCGACCAGACAUUGAUUCAACUUGAAGAGGAUUUCUCACUGUCAUGGAACGAACCGAGUUCCGUUCCCAGAUGUUUCUCGGCCCAUCUCGAGAUCUUUGAGUGGAAAGGAUAUAUAGGACGAAUCAAGGAGAAAGAAGCCAUAAAAUAUAUCUUUGCCAACUCUAAGUGUUUAAAGAGGGCUGGAUUUUCUAUGAAAUCAACCUUCAAGGUUAAAGAUAGAGAGAAGAUGAUGAAAGAGUUAGAAUCUAUGUCUAGGGUUUCAACAUCAUCCCAACUACUCUUCUCCACUCAAUUGGAUUUUCCGAGCUUUAUGAAUGAAAUGUAUUGA